AUGUCAACCGCCGUUGCACCAUGCAUCUCCGAUGAUUCAGUGCCAUUAUUAUCGCCACCGUCGACGGUUCCAUAUUUAAGCCCAUAUGAAUCACAGAAGUGUCGUGAUUGGAUAACAUUCGGGCAGUACAUGAAGAACCACAGACCACCCUUGGUUCUCUACUGCUGCAGCGGAGCACACGUCCUCGAGUUCCUCAAAAUACUUGGACCAUUCGGAAAAACCAAAGUCCACGUACAAAACUGUGCUUUUUUCGGUCAGCUUCAUCCACCGGGGACUUGUCCUUGCCCUAUGAAGCAAGCUUGGGGCAGCUUGGACGCGCCUUCGAGAGAACGGCGGCCGACCUGA